GUGCUUAUUCGAGAUCACAGUUGGCAACGCUGGAACUGGUCUAUCUCAUCUUUUCAACUUUCAGUUGUUUUUGAAGUUUUCACUGCAAUAAUUGAAAAAGCUGCAUUUCAAAAUGUCAAGUCUAUCCCUUGACGCUGUUAACCAGUACAUUGAUGACAACAUGAGCAAUUUCAAGGAUGGUCUUCGUGAUGCAGUUGCUAUUAAAAGCGUGUCGUCCACAAGAGAAAAUCGAGAGGACGUUAUCCGAAUGAUGGAAGCAGUUGCAUCGAGAAUGGAAAACAGUUUAGGAAUGUCAGUUGAUCUAAGAGAUCUUGGCCUUGACCCAAAUUAUCCCGAUGGUGAUGUUCAACUUCCACCUGUGAUUCUUGCUUCACUUGGAAAUGACCCGAACAAGAAAACCCUCUGCAUUUAUGGUCAUCUCGACGUUAUGCCGGCAGAAAUGUCAGAUGGAUGGUAUUACCCUCCUUUUGAAUUGACAAUUGUUGAUGACAUAAUGUACGGUCGCGGAUCGACUGAUGACAAGGGACCUGUCCUUGGAUGGUUGAAUUCAAUAGAAGCUUUUCAGCAAACAAACACCAGUAUUCCCAUGAAUUUGAAGUUUGUGCUUGAAGGUAUGGAAGAAAGUGGAAGUACCGGUUUGGCCGAACUUAUCGAGGAGGAAAAAGAUCUGUUUUUCGGGAAUGUUGAUUUCAUUGCUAUAUCCGACAACUAUUGGCUUGGUACUUCAAAACCUUGUUUGACCUAUGGUCUUCGAGGUAUCAUUUAUUUCCAUGUCAAAGUGAAUUGUGCCGAUAGUGAUUUACAUUCUGGAAGCCAUGGUGGACCUGUGUAUGAAGCAAUGUCGGACGUGGUUGCAAUGUUUUCCACGUUAAUUGAUGAAAAGGGAAACAUCUUGAUCCCACAUGUGAACGAUUCGGUUCGUGAAUUGACUCCCGAAGAGGAUGCCCUCUACUAUGGUUUGGAUUUUGACAUGAAUGUGUAUCAAGAAGAAAUUGGUGUUCACGGGCUCACAACUUCCGAUGAAAAAAAUACACUCAUGCGACGUUGGAGAUAUCCAUCUUUAUCCAUUCAUGGAUUUGAAGGUGCGUUUUAUGGCCCUGGUGACAAAACCGUCAUUCCACAUGAGGUGACAGGAAAGUUCUCAAUUCGCCUUGUGCCUGAUCAAGAACCGGAAGAUAUUGGACAGUUAGUCAUCAAUCAUCUUAACUAUGUUCACAGUCAAAGAGGAAGUCCAAAUAUCAUGACUCCGACUUACUCGAGCGGAGCCUCUCGUGCUUGGCUUGGAAGAUUCGAGAACCCAGUGUUUGAAGCUGGAAAUUUAGCUACAUUGGAUGUCCAUAACGUCGAGCCUGACUACACCCGCGAGGGAGGCAGCAUUCCAGUCGUUAUAACACUCUAUGAGACUACUGGCAAGGACUGCGUGCUUAUACCAAUGGGAAGGUCUGAUGAUGGCCCUCAUUCUCAGAAUGAAAAGUUGAACAUUACAAAUUUUCAAGCUGGUAUGAAGUUGUUUGCUGCCUAUAUCAAACGUCUUGACGAGUUGACCAGAGGUACAGGAAGGCAGGCGAGGCAGACAAGCAAGAUCUGAAUCAGUAAUGCAACACAUGAUUAAUAGUCGUUUUCUAAUGAUUUGCUUUAACAAUAAUUCUAGAUUGCACAUGAAGACAUUGAAUAUUUAACUCUUUAAUUGAAGUAUUAUCCAUGAUCAUGUAUGAUAUUCUUAUAUAAUAAAGAAUUGUCACUGGUCAAA